AAUCAAAUGUAAUUUUGUAAUUAACGUAGAAACCACAGAAAAUAUCCUCUAAUGCACUUUUAAUAUUCAUGUUGUUUGCCCACAAGAAGAAAGUGUUAUAAAGAUACAGUCUGUCAUUAUGUAUGCUUAUUUUGGUUAUUGACCACUUUAAGGUGAGGGGGAAAGAUUUAAUGGGAACCUAAAAGGCAACUUCUUUUUACACCAUGGGUGGUAGGUGUAUGGAAAGAGCUGCAUGAGGUGGUAGUUAAGGCAGGUACUAUCACAACAUUUGAGAACAUUUGGAUAGGUAUGUGGAUAAGAGAGGUUUAGAGGGAUAUAGGCUAAACACAGGCAGAUCUCGGACGAUUGUAGAUGGAACACGUUGGUCGGCAUGGGCAAGUUGGGCCGAAGGUCCUGUUUCCACAUGACAUUGAAAUGGGACUUGCAUGCAACAAAAAUGUGUAAAUUUUGGAGCAUUAUAAACACUGAAAUAUCCAUUUGUGUUUUGGAGUCUUAUUUCAGACUAUAUAUCAGAAGGAAUCUGAACACUAAACUUUAGCAGUGUAACACAAAUAUGGCUGGUAAAACUAGUUUGGUAAGGUUGAAUACAAUCUGGAAAUAUAAUUAAUGCAACUGUAUUUUACAGGUAGAUUUCUUAAGGAGAUUGGAGAAGGGGAACGAAAAAAAUGUAUAAACAAAAGGCCAGUGUAAGCAGAAUUACAGUUCAAACAAGAGAGCUUGCUUACACUACAAAAGUUCAAGCUUGUGUAAACAUGAUUGCUUGCUGUAAAAUGGCCAGUAGAAACCAAAACAAUUUUGCUUUGCAAAUUGGGUACUGAGGUAAUACUGGAAGAAAACUGUAACUGGAUAGAACGAACGCAUGAAUCAUUGCUUGAGGCAGGAAAAACAUUGGGUGCAUCUCCAUACCCUCAGGGCCCAACUCCUUCACUUAUAGUCCCUCCUAUUAGAAUUGCUGGCUUCAUUUUCAACUAGCAAUCAAGCAGAGAACAUACUUUGCUUAUGCGCAGUUUACUUAUGGAAACAAAAGCAAUCAACAGAAAGUUACAUAUAUAGGGUAAACUGAUGCAAAUUAUUCCUGCGCUGAUCUACUGGCACAUAUUGGUUACCUGUACAAGCAAGCGUGUGGAGUUUUCAGAUUAUUGAUUUAAACUACCAACACUUCUUUAAAAAAGCCAAGACCCAGGGAAUGCUGUGAUCCUUAAUCUUUAUCAAAAGUGUCAAAAAUGAGUCUCACUAAAGAGCGUAAACCAAAGAAACCUCACUACAUUCCCCGUCCUGCAGGAAAGCCAUUUAAAUACAAGUGCUUCCAGUGCCCAUUUACUUGCAAUGAGAAAUCACACCUGUUUAACCACAUGAAAUACAGUUUAUGUGAAAACUCUCUCUCAUUAGUGACGGAUCAGGAUCAAACAGGAAAAUGUGUAAAAUCAAGUUCUGAUCUACACAUUCAGAAUGACUGUGCAUCAAAUGUGAGCCAUGACUCAUCUUUGUCAAACGGUGACCCGGUUCAAAGUCCGAGCUGCAGAAAAACUGAUAAACCUGCAAGCCACCAGAUCAUCAGUAAAGAUAUGAAAGAAAACACCAGAAUGGGUGAUCGCACUGUUACACCAGUUACAAAAGCAAAACAGAAGGAGCCACUCCAGAAAAUUCUUGCAGAAAAUGAAACUGUAGAACAUUUUGAAAAAGAUGAACGACCAUCAGCUUUCUUGCCUGUUGGGGACUUGAAACUCACCAAAAGCUCCGACAAAGACAAUGAAAAGACAAAUUUUAUUCUGGAAAAUUCAAACAAGGCGUCCACCAUCCCAAUGAAGUCAGCGUUUUACAGUCCUGGUGACCAACAUGGAACAUGUUCUCCUUCAAAUUCACCAGAGCAUCCCAGGAAAUAUGCUGCAAAUAAAUAUUUUGGUUCAAUUCCUCCAAACACCUCACCAUUAAUUCCAGAUUAUACACAUCAUUAUUACAAUCAACGUGGUUUAGUCUUUUCACCCUAUCUCCUCUCGGGGAAACCUUUUGAAUGCGGCAGCCCAGAUAUUUCACUCUAUUUCUCUCCUGAACAGCAACAUUUCUCACCGCCUCAUCUACAAAAUAGAGGCAUGAAUUUGCCAAGGCACAUUAGCCAAUCAGCAUUAGAGCAAUACAAAAUUCUGCAUCAUUUUCAUUCAAAUCUUCCCAUUCCUUACGGUGUCCAUCAUCGCAGUCCAACUGAAUAUGACCUUCCUCCAUUUGGUCUGAAGUCUCAGCAAGGAAAUAAUUCCAACAGGAAUCAAGAGACACACCUGUCAGUCGGGAAUCCUUCACUGUACGAAACUUCACCACCACCAGAAUUGUACUUCCAGAAUUCACACAGAAGACUUCAUUGUGACUGGGAGAACCCUGUCCCAAUGUCCUUGUCAAAAGAUAAUGAGACACAAACAUUGGGCAUGAAUAGCAACCUAUGCACAGGGGGGAAAAAUACAAAAAUAAGCCCAAAGUCAGGAAGUGCAGCAAUUGGUUCACCAGGUCGGCCUAGCCCAACACCACAUGUUCAAAAAGCCAUCGUCUCAGAAACUUGCGUCAAAUCGCCCAAGUUUGCUUCAGCCCCAAAUAAUAAAAAUAAAAGGGUGGAUGAAGGAUUCACACCCUUUAGACCAAUCAGAAGUGCCACAAAUCUACAAGCAAGUGAAAUCCACGUACAACAUGAACCACCAGAAAGUCAAGGAAUCACCAGAAUCCGAGCACCCAAUGAGGGUACAACGUCUUCAAAUGUCACCAUUUUGGAUUACUACCAUGGCAAUGCUCUGGUACCGAAUGACACAAGUUUAGCUGCCAUGAUACCGUUAAACCUUUCCAAAAAGGAUAAAGCAAAAUCGGAACCUGACAAACAGCAUGGAACUACAAAUAAAAUUCUCCGUCAGAAUUCAAGCGAAGAUACAUCUGAUGCCAAUCAUUCCCUUCCGGUUAGAGAGUUUGAAACUUGCACAAAGGUGCAGGAUGUACCUUUAAAUCUUUCAAUUAAAGCUCAUCACAAUUAUGAGUGGAACACAGCUGAAGAUUCUGUUCCAUUAGACGUCGACAUCAAUUUACAAGAUUUAAGAGUACCAGCAAAAACCUCAAAUGGCAACAGGUUUCUCCAUUCAGACUUAAAUACUCAUUCUGCAGAAGACCAUAAUACAGGCAAAGAUUGCCACAAAACAAAUCAAUGUAAAAAUCAGAAAGAAAAACCUGCUAACUUGCAAACAAUAAAGGUUCCCCAAAGCACUGACAGCAGUAAAGAUGAACUGAAGCAGUCAGCUGCAGUGGCUCUUUGUCAAUUAGCUGCGUGUAACCAAGGAAAACAUAAUGACGAAUGGCCCUUUCUACCACAAGGGGAGCUGGCUUGUAAAAAGGAACCAAGUUAUAAAGAAAAGCACAAAUAUAAUUGUCCGGCAGUUAAAAAAAUAGUGAAACUAAAAUCAAGGUAUCAGAAAAGAUCACGUGAAGAAUCAGUUGAAACUCAAUCAGUCACAACACACAUCAAGGUCAAUGACUGUGAUAGAAUAUUCAACCUGAGGAAGAGAACGAAAGUUGCUUAAAACAACAUAUCUUCAACUGAAACCAACAACAAGAUUAAUUAUUAAGCUAUAUAAAGUGGAUGAAAAUUGUUCACAUCAAUGAUCAAUGUGCUCAUUGACGUGAUCAUACAACGUGGGUUUAUUUAAAGUCGUCUUUUACUUUCAUUUCUAUACACUAUAUUCGGUGUUCGCUAAAAGACUGUAGUGACACAGAAAGAGCAUACGAUUAAAAUUAGUGGCUGAUGUACUUUCAGUUUGAAUUGCAUUCUGUAGAAAUGCAUGGUGCUGAUCAGAAGGCAAAUAGACAUGGCAUGGAUAAGAUAAAAAAUAAAGUGAGACAAUAAGGAAGCACCUUAUAUUAUUCUUUGGAGCUCUCUUUUCCUCUUACACAGAUUGAGUUUACCCGUGAAACACUGCUAGAAGUUGCUAAACAAUGAAAACUUCAACAAAUUAUUUUAUUCCUUUUCUGAAAAGUUUGCGAAUUAUAAAGUAUUUCUAAUAGAUCAACUGCAGAGUGAACUACUUAAAAAAAUAAUUUAUGAAAGUCAACAACCAUUUCCUCCUGCAUAUACAUAAACCUACUGAUCAUUUGUAAUUGAAUCUUGCGAGUUAAAGCACAUGAUAAUCUGGAUUAUCAAUGACAAACAUGUACCCGUACCAAGAGGAAGGCAAAACCCUGGCUGCUAACCAAAAGCCCUCUCCAAGGUCACCAGACAUCUUCUGACUUGGCUCAGAUGUAGAUGGCCUACCUUGCCUGCUUGAACUAUAGCAGACUGGGGUUUAGGACAGAGAAGUGGCAGGACGCUCAUAAGUGCAAUAAAGUAAAUCGUUCAAAUUAUUUUUUGACUUCAUAGCUUGAGACUUGCAGUCUGCUUUGUCAGACAUCAUCACUAUUAGUUACUAAACACCUCCAACAUUCGGACAUGCAUGUAAAAACUACAAAAAUGUAAACAAUUAAAAAUAAAUUAAAAGAAAAACAUGAAAAAAUUAAAAACAUUAAGAACAUAAAACAAAACUGAAAUAAUUAUUUAAUAAGAAAUUUUAAAAACAGGUUAUUGUUUCUUUUCUCUUCUUUUUGCAAUCAGUUAACUCCUUUAUGUCCCAAGUUUACUGGCACGUCAAACGCAGGUCAUUAAAUCACUUUAACUUACAAACUUUAACCUCCUCAAGUAUGACAUUCACUCUGAUAAUGGAACUGACACAUCCUAUCUUUGAUAUCCAAAUAGAUCAAUUACAAAUUGAUCCACUGAAUGUUGUUUAAUUGCACAUACCUGGCGCAAACAAAAGGAUAGUAAAAUACAUAUAUAUAUAUAUAUAUAUAUAUACUGUACAGUUGUCUGAGUAAUUGUAAAUUGCUCAGACGUUUGUGAAGGUCAUUGCAAUUAUGUAGUUUGAUUUCUUUUUGUAUUCUUACUUAAAUACUGGGACAUCAAUUCUUGUGGGUUAUUUAAGCAAAAUGUAUUGAGCACAUUAUUUUAGAUAAUAGUAAACAUUGGGUGAUGGAAAUACUCUGUGUGAUGUUCAACCAUUCAUUAUGUUAAAAAGAAUGAUAUGUUUUUGUGCUACUGGAUUAAAGGUAAUUUAUCAUGCAAAAAUGAUUCUCUCAUUUUUUGAUUAACAUUCAGUAACUGUUAAGUACUUAAAAUACAAAAUUACAUCUUCACAAUGGUUUAAGAUUAUAAAUAUAUUUGUAAUAUUCAACAUGAAUAACUUUGUUAUACUUAAGUUAAGUUUAAGAAUAUUGUAAACUAAAUGUCACCAAUUGAAAUCAAUUAGAUCAUAAUUUUAAUGCUGCAGCUCCAAGGGGAAUGAAAAUCACACAACAAAAUACAACUAUUUUUAUGUUGCAAUUCUGCGUAAAGGAAGAUAGAUUUCACUGACAACUUUCCUACAGGAGAAGGUAGUCAAAGACAAUGGCAGCAAAUUAUCAGGGGGCACAAACUACUAAUGUGGAGAUCAAACUCUAUUUAAUUUGAGCAUCCUUUACCAAAUCCCUGGUUAGCAGCAAAGUAGAAACCAGAAAUGUGUUAAACCAUUGCUUUUUCUUUGGACUGAAGAUAACAUCAAAUAAACAUGAAAUUACACUUUUUGUAUAAAUAGGCGGUUGUGAUCUGGAUUACACUGCCUGAACUGGUGAUGGACAGAUCCUCUCACUUCAAUCGAUGAGGCACAGAAAGCCAUAGGCCAGCUGCUGAUAAAUGGGAAUAUUAUAGAUGGGUACGUACAUGAUUUGCAUUGACAGAGUGGGCUGAAGGGCCUAUUUCUGUGUGUAUGCUUCUUUGACACCAUGGCAAUUAAUCUGGUUCUAUUUACAUCACAGAAUUAAUUUCUGCCACAUAACCAAAGACUAACAAAUAAAAAGUUCCAGUUUUACACCCACAGAAAUACCUCAUUAAUAGAAACAUAUUAAGAUAGUUCCACACUGAAUGCAUACAGAAUCAUUUUUUUUGUAGCAAGAGGCACAGAGCAUAAAGAACAAGAUAAUGUUGAAUUUGAGCAGAGACUUGACAGAAUUUGAGCAGAAACUCCAGAAAGUGGUGUGCAAACUGUGCCUCAAAAUCUUAUAAAAGUCUAAAAGUUUCAAAGCUUCAAUGUUCACCAGCUAUAAAUAGAAUAAAUCUGCCUACUUGAAAAUAGAUCAUAUUUUUAAAAAAAGGAAAGAUCCAUGUCUAAAGAUAUGUUUGCAUUGAAAAGAUGGGAGAAGUAACAUCAUAUCCUGCCAAAUGAAAAAAAAAUAGACACCGACUCAUUCAACAAAUCUAGAAUCCCUCAGCCUAUCCCUCAAAUGUUCAUCAUAUGUUCACCCAAUCAUUCCUGGGAUCAUUCUCGCAAUACUCACUCCCCAUAAUAUCCAGUUUUAUUCCCUCCGAUUGUCUUCUGAUCUCCAACACCCAAUCUAAAUUCCUAAUUCAUUAGAUUCACUAUGUGGAAUGAUGGAGGACUGCAGAAGUAGCCUUAAGGGCCUGUCCCACUUGCGUGUCCUUGGCACGCAAAUUACGCUACCUCGUCGUUGCGUUGAGGCGCAUGGGCAUCGUAUGGCCGCGGGGGGUCGGUCCCACUGAGAAGCGCGGAGAUGUGCGCG